CCGCGACUUAGUGCAGACCUACUAGAAGAACGCAGCAAAAUGGCCUUUAAGAUUGUUGUUCUGUUCGCCACACUGGCCCUCGCCAGCGCUGGCUACCUCGAGCCGGAACAUCACCACCAGGUGUCGUACGGUGCGGCCCCCGUCGCUCACUACUCGUCCGCUCCGGCCGUGAGCUACAGCUCGAUCACCCGUCACGACUCACCGGCGAAGGUGGCCGUCGCCAAGACGGUGGCCUACGCUGAACCGUCUGUCCACUACGCGGCGCCGCUGACGAAGACCUAUUCCGUGCACGAGCCCACCCUGAAGACGGUCGUCGCCCAGCCAGCGCCAGUCUACGCCCAUACGGUCGUCGCCCAGCCAGCGCCAGUCUACGCCCAUGCCGCCAAGACGCUAGCUUACGCCGCCCCCCAAGUCCACUACCAGGCGCCGGCACUAGUGAAGAACGUCGAGUACAGCAAGACCCUCGCCUAUGCCCCGCAGUACGUGUCGCAGCCGACCUACACCAAACACUUGGUCGCUGAGCCUCAGCCUCUGUACCACCACCACAGCGCCCCGGUCUACGCCCAUGGAGCUCCGGUUGUGGCCACCAAGACUCUCGGAUAUGCCGAGCCGCACGUUUCGCACGUCAGUUACGCCGACAACAGUGCCCACUACGCCUGGUAAGCAAGGACCGUAAGGACCGCGAUCGCGGCCACCAACCAUGCUCAGGAAGACACCCAACACCACCUUGCCAAUAUGUUGAAUGAU